AUGAUAAAUAAUAGGAUGAACAAUAUCAUUGAACCUUAUGAAAACUUGGUAAAAGAUACUGCUGCCCCAUAUGUACUUUAUAAAGAUGGUAUAGAUAGGGCUCAAAGUCAGUGGGGACCACAAGAUGCUUACCCACCUCCAGUUCAACAAUCAGCAGUAUCGGGGGCUGGCAGUCCACAACAGGCUCUUGGCCCCACAGUACCGUUGGGUGUUGAGGCAGAUACUGUUCCACCACGGGACCAAAGUUUGCCGUCACCUGCUCCCUCUCCGUAUCCUGCAACACAAGCAGAACCAAGGGAGGAUGACAUUCCAUCUGAUCAACCCACAAUGGAUAUGGAGCCAAGACCCGCAUCUCAAUGUUUUUCUACGGAACUUCAGCAGCAGCAGCAACAACAGGCUUUUUUAGUCAGUGUAGUUAUCAGAUUUUGUUGUUGGGUAGACUCUUGUUUCUGUGAUGAAUUCUUUGGCGUAGCUAAGAUGCUGAAAAUCAUUCUGAUGCAACUGACAGCGAUGAGGAAGAUACCUUUCACCCUUAACAGUAGCGAUGAUGACAAUAGUGAUGAGAGCGACGACAAUUUAUAA